GCAGGGAGGCACCAAGGGCAGCGGCUGAGCCGAGAAGCUCCACCAGGAAGCAUGCAGGGGCCCGGUGCCUAAGGCUGAGGAAGAUGUCUGACAUCCAGAACAUUUCGCUGGACAGCCCGGGGAACAUAGGGGCUGUGGCGGUGCCUGUGGUCUUUGCCCUCAUCUUCCUGUUGGGCAUGGUGGGCAACGGGCUGGUCUUGGCUGUGCUGCUGCAGCCUGGCCCAAGCGCCUGGCAGGAGCCGGGCAGUACCACAGAUCUCUUCAUCCUCAACCUGGCGGUGGCCGACCUCUGCUUCCUCCUGUGCUGCGUGCCCUUCCAGGCGGCCAUCUACACGCUGGAUGCCUGGCUCUUCGGGGCUUUUGUGUGCAAGGCCGUGCACCUGCUCAUCUACCUCACCAUGUACGCCAGCAGCUUCACUCUGGCCGCCGUCUCCGUGGACAGGUACCUGGCGGUGCGGCACCCGCUGCGCUCGCGGGCCCUGCGCACCCCGCGCAACGCGCGCGCCGCCGUGGGGCUGGUGUGGCUGCUGGCGGCGCUCUUCUCGGCGCCCUACCUCAGCUACUACGGCACGGUGCGCUACGGCGCGCUCGAGCUCUGCGUGCCCGCCUGGAGGACGGCGGCGGCGCGCGCGCUCGACGUGGCCACCUUCGCCGCGGGCUACCUGCUGCCCGUGGCCGUGGUCAGCCUGGCCUACGGGCGCACGCUGCGCUUCCUGUGGGCCGCCGUGGGCCCCGCGGGCGCGGCGGCGGCCGAGGCGCGCCGACGGGCCACGGGCCGCGCGGGGCGCGCCAUGCUGGCGGUGGCGGCGCUCUACGCGCUCUGCUGCCCGCACCACGCGCUCAUCCUCUGCUUCUGGUACGGCCGCUUCGCCUUCAGCCCGGCCACCUACGCCUGCCGCCUGGCCUCGCACUGCCUCGCCUACGCCAACUCCUGCCUCAACCCGCUCGUCUACUCGCUCGCCUCGCGCCACUUCCGCGCGCGCUUCCGCCGCCUGUGGCCCUGCGGCCGCCGCCACCGCCACCGCCCCCGCCACCCCCGCGCCCAGCGCGCCCUCCGUCGGGUCCGGCCGGCGUCUUCGGGUCCCGCGGCUUAUCCCGGCGACGCCAGGCCUCGCGGUUGGAGCAUGGAACCCAGAGGGGAUGCCCUGCGCGGCGGCGAGACCGGACUAGCCCUGAGUGCCCGGGGACCGCAAUAAACCCUGGCUGCUGGGAUUCCGGCUGUCGGUCUGUCCUCCUCCCUGGGUGGCACGGUGCCACCGAAGAGCGCCUAGAGAGAGCGUGGCAGCUCUAGGCCAAGGGACAGCCGCGUGGUUAAAACUGAUCCACCCAACCAGACACAGUGUCCCCCAAAGCAGGCAGCCUCAGACCCUGUCCAAAGCCAGUCUAGCCGGAGAACAGUUCAUUCAUUCACCCAGCUCGCACCUUCCACGCCCUGUUUUCUUCUACCUCUGACUGGCCCUUUUUGAUCCCAAGUCCCGACCUAAGUGUUUUUGUUUGGUUUGGUUCGUUUCGUUGUUUUGAGAGAGGGAGACAGAGGUGGAGACCGAUUC